UGGCUACACACAAAAAAAAGUUUAAUAUGUCAGCAAGACAACACCGAGGGGGAGUGAACUUAUGGAUAGCAGUCAUAUUUUGAAGAAAAAUUAUAUUUUCACCUAAUUGCGUGCAGUUACAGUUCAGCCGAAAGCUGUGUGGUGUCCUCCCAGCAAUUCGGUAGAUGUCCACCCCUUCAGACACAUCAGGUGGUAUGUCCCAUCCUGGCCCUUCUCCUGGGGCAGGCCUAUCCCCAGGGCCCAUCUUGGGCCCCAGCCCUGGACCGGACCCCUCACCAGGCUCUGUCCACAGUAUGAUGGGACCCAGUCCUGGACCUGGAACACCCAACGCACCUCAUGGCAUGCAGGGCCAGGGACAAAGUGAUUACUCUCAGGACAGCAUGUAUCCAAUGCACAAGACCAUGGAGGGGAUGAAUGACAAGACCAUGGCAGAUGCGAUGCACUUCGGUCACAUGAAAGGUGUAGGGAUGAGAUCUCUGCAUAGUGGUAUGGGGCCUCCACAGAGUCCUAUGGACCAGCACAGCCAAGGAUACAUAUCCCCACAUCCAUCCCCCAUGGGUGUGCAUGAGCAUGCUUCUAGUCCCAUGUCAGGAGGUGGAGGUGGUGGUGGACCUACACCGCCCCACAUGCCUCCUUCCCAGUCAGGCCCUAUGAUGCCGAUGGAUCCCCAGGGAGUCAUGCCCAACAUGUCCAACAUGUCCAACAUGGCCCAGCAGGGGCGCGGACCUUCUGCCUUCAGUCCGGUCCAGCUGCAGCAGCUCAGAGCUCAGAUCCUGGCCUACAAGAUCCUAGGCCGUGGGCAACCCCUGCCUGAAAACCUCCAACUAGCUGUUCAGGGCAAGAGGAGCCUACCCACAAUGCAACAGCAGCAGCAGCAGCAGCAGGCACCUAGUGCUAGUCCUUACAACAGGCCUGCAGGUAUGCCAAUGACACCUAUGGGUGGUCCCCAGUCAAGUCCCUGCCCUACCCCAACCAUGCAAGGACACAAUCAAAGCACAGGACCCAAGCCUUGGUCUGAUGGUCAGGUUGGUGAAAAUCAAGCCAAUGCUCAGAAGCACCUCACCCCUGCUGCCAGUGGACGCCCAUCCCCUGCACCUCCUCAGGCCUCUGCUGUGCCAGCUGGGCCCAUGCCGGGCAGCUCAGUUGCCCCUCAGCCUCCCGGGCAGCAGGUGUCCCCCAUGCUCCAGAUGCAGCAGAAACAGAACCGCGUCACGCCAAUCCAGAAGCCCCAGGGCUUGGACCCAGUGGGGAUCCUGCAAGAGAGAGAGUACAGAUUGCAGGCUCGGAUUGCACAUCGAAUCCAGGAACUGGAAAGUUUACCAGGCUCUCUGCCCCCUGACCUGAGGACUAAAGCUACAGUGGAGCUCAAGGCAUUGCGUCUACUCAACUUCCAGCGACAGCUGAGGCAGGAUGUGGUGGCAUGUAUGAGGCGAGACACCACCCUGGAGACGGCCCUCAACUCGAAGGCUUACAGGCGCAGCAAGCGGCAGACGCUGAGGGAGGCACGCAUGACUGAAAAGUUGGAGAAACAGCAGAAGCUCGAGCAGGAGAAGAAGCGCAGACAGAAACAUCAGCCCAUGGAUGAGAGCAGCCAAAUGAGUGAGCUGCCAGUCAAAGUCAUUCAGACGGAGACUGGCAAAGUUUUGCAAGGAACGGACGCUCCCAAAUCCAGCCAGCUGGAGGCCUGGCUCGAAAUGAACCCUGGGUAUGAAGUGGCCCCGCGGUCAGACAGCGAGGAGAGCGGCUCAGAGUUUGAGGAGGAGGAUGAAGAGGAGGUAGCCAAAGCAGAAGCAGAGGAGAAGAUAAUUGAUCCCAAUGGAGACCUGGUGUUUGUGACGGCUGCCAAGCACAUCAUCGACUCACACACAUAUAGGUCGGCCAAGCAGGACGUGGAUGAUGAGUACAGUGUUCCUACCGGACAAACCAGCUCCCAGUCUUAUUAUGGUGUGGCCCAUGCCGUCAUUGAGAGGGUGGAGAAGCAGUCGUCGCUGUUGAUCAACGGCACACUCAAACAUUACCAGAUCCAGGGGCUGGAGUGGAUGGUUUCCCUGUACAACAACAACCUAAACGGCAUCCUGGCUGAUGAAAUGGGCCUCGGCAAAACCAUUCAAACCAUCGCCCUCAUCACCUACCUGAUGGAGUACAAGAGGCUCAACGGUCCCUUUCUCAUCAUUGUUCCUCUCUCGACUUUGUCUAACUGGGUCUAUGAACUUGACAAAUGGGCGCCCUCUGUGGUCAAAAUUGCUUACAAGGGCACCCCUGCUUUGCGCCGUGGGUUUGUGCCUCAACUCCGCAGUGGAAAGUUCAAUGUCUUGCUGACCACCUAUGAAUAUAUCAUCAAGGACAAGCAAAUACUGGCCAAGAUUCGUUGGAAGUACAUGAUUGUGGACGAGGGUCACCGCAUGAAGAACCACCACUGUAAGCUGACCCAGGUGUUGAACACCCACUAUGUUGCUCCCCGCCGCCUCCUCCUCACCGGUACACCACUGCAGAAUAAGCUGCCUGAGCUGUGGGCCCUGCUCAACUUCCUCCUGCCCACCAUCUUCAAGAGCUGCAGCACCUUCGAACAGUGGUUCAACGCCCCAUUUGCUAUGACAGGAGAGAGGGUCGACCUAAAUGAGGAGGAGACCAUCCUGAUUAUUCGGCGUUUGCACAAGGUGCUCCGCCCCUUCCUGCUUCGCAGACUGAAAAAAGAGGUGGAGUCUCAGCUGCCAGAGAAGGUGGAGUACGUCAUAAAAUGCGACAUGUCUGCUAUACAGAAGGUUCUGUACCGCCACAUGCAGAAAGGCAUCCUCCUCACUGAUGGCUCUGAGAAAGACAAGAAGGGCAAAGGAGGAGCUAAGACCCUGAUGAACACCAUCAUGCAGCUGAAGAAGAUCUGCAACCAUCCAUACAUGUUCCAGCACAUUGAGGAAUCUUUUGCUGAGCACUUGGGCUAUCCAAAUGGCAUCAUCAGUGGGCAUGAUCUGUAUCGAGCUUCUGGGAAGUUUGAGCUCCUAGAUCGCAUCCUGCCAAAGCUACAGGCAACCAACCACAGAGUCCUGCUCUUCUGUCAAAUGACCUCACUCAUGACAAUCAUGGAGGACUACUUUAGCUACCGCAACUUUCAAUAUCUGCGCCUUGACGGAACCACCAAGUCUGAGGACCGAGCAGCACUGCUGAAGAAAUUUAAUGAGGAAGGGUCUCAAUACUUCAUCUUCCUUCUCAGUACCAGAGCCGGUGGCCUCGGCCUCAACCUGCAGGCAGCUGACACUGUUGUCAUCUUUGACAGUGACUGGAACCCACAUCAGGACCUUCAGGCUCAGGACCGGGCUCACCGCAUCGGUCAGCAGAAUGAGGUGCGUGUGCUUCGUCUCUGCACUGUCAACAGUGUGGAGGAGAAAAUCUUGGCAGCUGCCAAAUACAAACUCAACGUGGAUCAGAAAGUCAUCCAAGCAGGCAUGUUCGACCAGAAGUCCUCGAGCCAUGAGCGCCGUGCUUUCCUCCAGGCCAUUUUAGAGCACGAGGAGCAGAAUGAGGAAGAAGAUGAAGUACCCGAUGAUGAAACCCUUAACCAGAUGAUAGCCCGCAAUGAAGAUGAAUUUGAGCUCUUCAUGCGCAUGGACAUGGACAGACGCCGGGAGCACGCCAGGAACCCAAAGCGUAAGCCUCGUCUAAUGGAGGAGGACGAGUUGCCUUCUUGGAUCAUCAAAGACGAUGCUGAGGUAGAACGGCUCACAUACGAAGAGGAGGAAGAAAAGAUGUUCGGCCGAGGAUCGCGCUGUCGUCGGGAUGUGGACUACAGUGACGCACUGACUGAAAAACAGUGGUUGCGGGCCAUCGAGGAUGGAAACCUAGAAGAGAUGGAGGAGGAGAUCCGUCUGAAAAAACGCAAACGCAAGAGACGUCAGGACAAGGACUCAUCGAGCAGAGAUGACGGGGGGUCCAAGGCCAAGAAGAAACGUGGACGUCCACCAGCUGAGAAGCUCUCCCCAAACCCCCCCAAACUGACCAAGCAAAUGAACACCAUCAUCGAUACGGUCAUCAACUACAGAGAUGGGUCAGGAAGACAACUAAGCGAAGCGUCUUUGUCCAGUUACGCAUCCGGAGGGAGGAGCUCCCGGAUAUUAUGA